AUGACGCACAGCUCAGCCGACCUGGCGAUGGCCGCCGAACAGCAACAACGGAUUACCAUUGCCUUCCUGGUUGUAUCCUGGAUCUUCAUCCUACUCAGGAUAUGGACUCGCACAUGUAUUAUCCGUAGUUUUGGCUGGGAUGAUGCGGUCAUGCUACUUGCCGGUUUGACGUUCACUUUGUUCUGCGGAUCAGUUUGGUUGGUUGAAGCAUCUGGUGGAACCAGCGAGAUCACCAGCGCGGACGAGUUGCAGAAGGUGACAAAAUGGGUUAUUGUGAGAGAGACCGGCUAUCUCAUGGCAAUCAUGCUGGUCAAGAUUUCUCUAGCCAUCUUCUUCUCCCGCAUCGUCGUCAGGCGCAGUCACUUCAUCAUCAUCUACGUGACCGUCGCUGCCAACAUUGUGUCAUCGAUGUCUGCAUUCUUCUACGUCAUCUUCCGAUGCGGACCCAACUUGGAGAAGUACGCAGUCAACGAGAUCAUCGGUCGCUGCCAAUCUCGGCAGGUCGACUAUUUCUUUGCCUAUCAACAAGCGACCUUUAGUACAUUGACAGACGUCGUCUUCUUCUUAUUACCCAUCCCCAUUUUAUGGUACGCCAACAUGGAUCUGCGGCACAAAUUCUCCGUCGGCUUUAUCCUAUCCCUCGCAGCUCUUGGCUGCAUCUGCUCUGGAAUCCGCUUCCCUUACAUAACCGGUCUAACAGAACUCGAAGACUUCUUCUGGGACGUGACCAACGUGUCCAUAUGGAGUACCGUCGAAUGCGGCACAUGCAUCAUCGUCGGCUGCAUGGCAACCCUCCGCCCACUCAUGAAAAUGGGAAUCUCAAGAGCACGCGACAUGACCACCAGGGACGGAAGCAGGAGCGGCACAAUGAAGAGCACGCGAGCAUCUCCACGAACAACGAACCACUCCCUGUCUCAACUCAACUUGCAUGCAACGCCGCAGAACAACCUCCUACUCGCGGAGCUGGGCAUACAAUACUCCGGCAUCGAAAAGAAGGCUUCUUCAUCACCAAAACUGGAAUCGAUGUACGAAGCAAAGACUAUAACGCGCCCAAACACCGCGGCAACACCCCUCCCGUCAGACAUGGGCUACACGAAACGCAGCAGCGCUGACCCUAUCCUCGCUCGCACCUCGUCCGACGCAACAGACCUCCCUUUAUGGAAGGCGCCGGAGGAGAAGAAACCACGCCAACCAUCACGCCUCAGCCUCAGUCGCGCGCUACUGCACCGCAGCCGGCCCACGAGCGAAGACAUCAACUAUGGCAAUCCACUUUCACAUCCUGUUUCGCCGCCGAGCCAUAUGGAUGCGGGGGAUGCGGUUUGA